AUGUGUAAAUCUCAUAGUGAUUUUGCCGCUUCCCUGAAUCUGCUAAUUCGAUUCAUAAUAAAUACUAGUUCUGGAAAACCCCACAUUGUAGCAGUGCCAUUCCCAGCCCUAGGUCACGCUAUCCCAUUACUUGACUUUGCUAAGUUACUUGCAUCACAUGGUCUCACUGUCAGCUGCGUCACCACGGCUGCUAACUUACCUCAUCUGGAAUACCAAUUGGCACAAGCUAUUUCCUCAGGUCUGGACAUUCACCUUCUAGUCCUUCCUACGCCUGCUAUGGAAGGCUUAGCGGUGGGAAUAGAGAGCUUCGAACAAGUACCCACUGAGCAGUGCGGUCUUAUUUUUGAAUUGGCCGUUAAACUUGAACACCCUUUUAACCGUUGGCUUGAGGACCAACAAGGGAUGGAAGCUCCAGUUUGUGUGAUGCGUGAUAUGCUUUUGGGAUGGAAUAUGGAGGUAAUCCAAAAGCACAAUAUACCCAGAGUGGUAUUCAAUACUUACGGUGCGUUUGGACUGAGUGUCAUGCGUUCUACAUGGCUGUCUGCAUUGCACAACGCAAUUGAAGAAGGGGGAGAGAGUAUUUUCUUAGGACGUUUACAGUCACUCAAUGAAAGUUGUGGAAUGCUGAUCAAUACAUUUGAGCAACUGGAGCCUGAGUAUCUCCGACACUUGAGAAACCGAACAGGGAAGAAGGUGUGGUCCGUAGGGCCCGCGCUCCCACCAAAUUCUCCUGGUAGAGCCCCCCGAGGAAAAAUGGCGAAUAUUGACGAAGAGGAGCUGCUUCAAUGGCUCGAAUCUCAGAAUCCAUGCUCAGUUGUGUAUAUAUCCUUUGGAAGCCAGACCUUUCUAUCAGAAGAACAAAAUAGAGGUCUGGUUAUAUGGGGUUGGGUACCACAGCUUCUUAUUCUCUUGCAUCUAUCUGUGGGUGCUUUCAUGAGCCACUGUGGGUGGAAUUCUAUGAUUGAAAGCGUAAGUCUUGGAGUCCCGUUGAUCACAUGGCCCAUGAGUGUAGAUGAACAUUUCAAUUCUAAACUAGCAAUCAGACUAGGGAUCGGAAUACAAGUUUGCGAACAUAGAAAUGGAAUUCCAGAGAAGCGACAAGUGGAGGAGGGUGUAAGACUUGUGGUGAGUAAAGGCGAGGGGAAAGAGAUGAAAAGAGAUGCAGAGAAGUUGAAGGACAUGGCAGGAAAAGCAGUUGCAGAGUGA